CCUAUAUAAAGCUUCCACAUAACAAUUUUGGAUCACCUGCGACAUCAAACAUGCAGCUCUUAGAUCUAUCUCUGGAGAUCUUCAAGAUUGUGGUCGGGUUUACAGUGCGUGAGCUAGGAUUGAAAGAGUCGAUGAAAGCCCGUCUUACAUGUCGUACGUAUAUUUUAUUCGACUGCAAAUAUCACUUUCGCAACAUUCCGUUGAGCUAACCACCUAUGCGUCGUAGGCAUUCUUGCAGAUCGCAUUCUCGAUGCCGUGAUCAAAAAUGGGGUUAUUGAGGAGGUUGCGUCGCGACAUGUAAGGCGAAUGCGAAUCAGUUACCACUACGAUGUGAUCGCCCGAUAUCUUUAUCAUCGAGUUUGCACAGACGACCCUGUUACCCAUGCUUGGAUAAUGACUAUUCGGGAAACAUGCCGUACGCUUGCUCAGCAUACCAACUCAGAGAAGAAUACCGAGCGAGUGAAGCUACUCCAGAGGAGUGCUUGCUUGUGUCUGGCCGUGAAUGCAGGAUCCAGCGUAUUUGAAAUAUUGAACGGGAACGAAAAAGACGACAGGAAGGAAUUCGAGGGUGAGGUUUCGGCCAACUGUUUCGCUAUAGCUGCAUGGCUGGGCGAUAUGACGCUGGUAGAGUCAUUUAGUCAGGAAAUGGAUCCCGAUCCACGAUCAUUCUUUGGAAGACCCUCAUGGGCAGCGGCUGCUCAGGGUCACGUCCACAUUUCACAAUUCUUACUAAAUAGAGGCGCGCUACCCUACAACCCCAAGUUCUCUGAAGGCUUCGAUUUCCAACUUUCCAAGAGUCCCCUUGGUGUGGCGGCAUAUAUGGGCCAUGAAAACAUCACCCGACUUUAUUUACAACCGCCACAUUACUGCCCGGAGGUCCGCAGGGAGGAGGUAACUGCUAUCGGAUAUGCUGGGCAAGGUAAUCAGCCUGCUACGCUCACAUGUCUUGUGGAACACUACAAAUCGAUCUCAACAUCGCUUGAAUAUCUCGACGCCAUCGAUGGUGCUCUUGUUUGGAGCUGCAGGAGGGGGGCUGCUAAAUCUGUUCGAAUACUCCUAGACCUCGGCGCAGACGUGAACGAGUCUGACCAGGGUCCACGGUCGUGUUUGCAGUUAGCUGCAGUUGCUGGCGAUACGCAAGUGGUCAAAAUGCUGCUCAUCGCAGGGGCUUCGCUGGAGCCUGGGAGCUGGAUACAUCGUCGUACAUCUACAAGAUCCGUACAGAAGAGGCGUCGAAUGAGUGCCUUGGCGGAGGCAAGAGCCAGAGAUAAUCAUGAGAUUACAAGACUUCUAAACAAUGCUUCGAGAGCUGAGUAGUGGAGCCUCGUUGGGUACCGUACAUAGAGCCAUGGUUUGCGCACCUCGUAAUUUCAGCAAGUCUUUCUGGGAUCAACAUACAACAUUUCAAAUUACAGAUCAACCUCGAUAUAUCUUCUACAGAUCAACCUCGAUAUAUCUUCUAUAUGCAAAUCAAGUAUUCAGCUAUUGGGGGAAUGUAGAUAUAUAGAGAGCGGUUUUUCUAAUUCAUUGAAGGUCUUAGAUCGCCCCAGAUCUGCAAACAGCAAAAUGUGCGUUGAUUG